CAGUGCUAGUGGGAUACGUAUCUAUUUGAUCACCUUUAGGAUGUUGCAGGCUCAACUCUUCUCUCUCGUCUCUGUCAUUACAGGCACCUUCUCACAACAGUGGUCCAUGACAGUUCCCCCUGUAGUGAAUAGCACCAUAGGAGGAGAUGUGGUCCUACCCUGCUCCUUCACCCACCCCAAGCAACAAGACUACUCCAAAGACAUCACAGUCCAGUGGAUCACCAGACAAUUCCAUGAUACGCCCUUCUUCCAAUGCAAGGUGACAAAUGUUACUACGGGUGGAAUGAAUGAAUGCUCAGUUCCAGAGUCAUACCAACGCUUCUCAGUCAAAGGAGACCCUAAGCAGAGGGAUCUCUCUCUCCUCAUCAGAGAUCUGGCGGUCACAGACAAUGGAGUAUACUUCUGCAGAGUGGAGCUGGACUAUUACUGGGGUUAUGGGAAGUGGCAGACUGCCAGCGGCACACAGCUCAAUAUCAUUGCUAAGGCCCAGAUUCUCAGCCUGUCUUGGGUAGAGGCGUCCCUCGGACCAGGCAACGGGAGCCUCAGGUGUGUAGUUGAGGGGAACCCCCCAUCCACCAUCACCUGGUUCUCCUCCUCUAAGGGCAACAUAGACCCAGGUGUCAGCAUCAUAGGAACCCACCCAUUUCAGUGGACCAGUUCAAUCCCCUACUUCACCCAGGAAGUGUACACCUGCAGGGCAGAGAACAGCCUGGGGAGGGCAGAGAGACGGUUCCCCCCUGGACCCACUGCGCUGACCGUAGCCCUCUCUGUGUGUGGGGUCCUGCUUCUGCUGCUGCUCCUUGGCGGGGCUUUAUUUAACCUGAGAAAAAGAGGAUACCUGAGAUACUGCAAUUCAGAAAAGAUUAAGCAGCAAUCUGAGUUGUGCACAGAUCCUACUAUAGCUGUGGUCAGUGAAUCCUCUAUCUACGCCAAUGUCUCAGAAAUGGAAAGCCCACAGUCGUUGCAUAAACAUGAUUCACCAGAAGAUGGCGACAUUGAGCUAAAUCUGGUAUACGCAACCAUUCAACUGAACACCACCACUCAAUCACCCCAAAGAAGCUCUCGUGUCCCCAUACCAGAUGAAGGUGUCCACUAUGCUAUUGUGAGGGUAUGCUAGGGUGAACUGCCGAGGCACCACAGAGAGAAUGCAACUCUAGAGCAGUCGCGGGACGUGGUGACAGAGAAGAGCAUCCUGCCCUCGUCUCCAUUGUAACAGCUGUUUAUGGAUGGGGGGAGCCAGAAACAAAACCCUACUGCUGCAAACCAUCGAAAUAUGAAAAACUCCUUCCUGAUGGGGUUCAGUCUUACUUCAUCGCUAUCCAUUUUGUUAUGUAGCUUGAUUGACAUGGGCCUAACAUUUGUGCUUAGUUGGUUAUUUUUGGUAAGUGUCUGUGGGUGCCUAGGGACAGUGGGUUAACUGCCUUGUUCAGGGGCAGAACGACAUAAUGAUGUUUAAAGCAUGAAGAUGUAAAUAAUACACUACACUGAAUCUAUUUUAGCAUGGCCUGGGGUAGUCCCAUUAGUGCAGUCCCCUUGGGAUAGGAUGGUGAGCCUAUAGUUUAACACCUGUUGACACCACAUGGUUACCAAUUCAACCGCAAAACCUACAUUAGGUCUGACCAUAAAGUAAUGUGAGCUUCUUGCUUGCUUGUGCAAUGUGGGUGGAUUUUUUUUUCAAUUAACCUGGGACAAAUACAAUUCAGCUGUGAUAUAGUACGGAGGUCGAAUAGGUAUGGGUCUAUGGUGCAGGCUACAGUGAUAUAGGGCCUAACGUGUCAUUAACAAUAGUAGGCAUAAGUUUGAUGAACUUCAAACAUAUUCAGAUUGAUAGCCACAUGCUUAAUCAACUUCUACAGAUCAACUUCAACCAUCAUGUGAACACUAUUUAUGUGGAGACUGUAAGUGCCUCAUUAUUUACAUCCAUAACACACGCGGUGACGCUGCCAGUAGCUUGAAAUGAGACCCAAUCGUGCGGGAGUGAUUUGCGGACAAUACGUGUUUUGAUAGCACUUUCUCUUCCAGUCAGUCAUUUUAUGUCCAUGGGCGAGUUUGUUUUUCUUUACCCGGUGUCUAACACAUUUUAGUCCAUUCCAUUGGUCCUUAAAUAAAUUCACCACUCACCUGGGGCCAUGCAAAACGAACUGGCCCAUCGAGUAAAAGCAACAUUGUAGCUGUUGAAGUUGAAAAUUGCUACUGUUUCCUGGAAACCCCACCCCAACUGAAUCUCACCCUCAAUGAAGUAGGGUUACCACAGCCGCAAAGUCUAAAUUGGCUAUCGUAAAAAUGUAUCGUAAAAUAACCUGCAAUUGUGCUUUUUGGUCUUAAUUUAAGGUUACGGUUAGGCAUAAGGUUAGGAUUCGGUUUAAAAUCACAUUUUAAGAAGAUUUGUAGAAACAGGCGGGGUUUAUGACUUUGUGGCUGUGGUAACUAGUAACAACAAUGACGUAGACGAAGCACAGUAGUAGCAGCCGCCUGUGAUUCCUGGGCCACAAUAAACUAGUCUAGACUAUUUACACUGUAUUGUAUUUAUUUAUACAUUUCAAAAUGU